AUGGCAAUUGUUGGAAGAGGCCACGGAAAAACUGCCCAGGAAAUGAAAAGAAUUACAGUUGAAGAUCAUAGUGAUAAUCCAGGAAAUUCAAAUGUAGAAUCCAAAGAAGAUCAUAUGCUUCAGAUAAACGCCGUGGUAUUCUCGUGA